AUGGAUUGGGCACACUCAGGCUCCAAUCUCAAGUCUCUCGCUGAAAUCAAACGCCUUGUCGACGAUGAGUGGAAACAUCUUGAUAACCUUGAUGACGCCGAAGCAAGCAGGCCAUUCUUGGAUGCUGAUGGCUGGCGUGAGGAGACUGUUGAGAUACCUUUGCCGAAGGAACAGACACAGUUUGACUCUGAAGAGCAAUGCCCUCAUUUCAAGGUAUCUGGCAUAUAUCUGCGCAAUCUUCUACAAAUCAUCAAGACGACGUGUGAAGAUCCAGAAGCUAAAUCGCACAACUGA